AUGGAAUAUAUCCAACCGAAUUUCCUUUACAGCCGCAUUUUGGACAACAUACCUUGGAAGAGUGAUCCAAAUGUCAAGGGUGACCCUAGAAAAAGUGUGAAAUGGAUCGACGGCUUAAGAGGAAUCGCCUCGUUCCUUGUUGUUCUUACUCACCUCGCGCGUGCAUGGGAUUACGACCUGUUUGCACCCCGUGAUAAUGAAGAUGCCGCACCGCGCAUUCUUCAGUGGCCCGUCCUACGAAUCCCAUGGCAGGGACGUCUCGGAGUUACCAUUUUCGCCUUCUUGACCGGUUACGUGUGCGCUUUGAAGCCUCUCAAACAGGCUCGCAAUCGCGACCUACUCGGCUCUUUCACAUCUGUAGCCAAAAGCGCAUUCCGCCGCCCGCCGCGUCUCAUAUUCCCUGCGACUAUCGCCUUGAUCAUUUCCUGGGGCAUGGCUCAGUGCGGAGCCUUCAUUGCUGCCAACCGUUCAGACUGCUGGUGGUGCCGAUAUGCUUCUCCUGACCUGGCACCGACUUUCUGGGAGGAGUUUGUCCGGUUAUUCAAGAACUUCUUGGACGUUUGGACCACCGGCUAUAUGGCAUACGAUGAUCACCAGUGGGCUUUGCUUCCCCUGCUGAAGGCCUCCAUGCUGGUCUACGUGAUGCUUUGCAUUGUCAUGUUUGUCAAGUUCCGCUGGCGUCUGGCCAUCUACCUGGGAAUGCUUCUCUACUUCCACCAGGAUGCUGCCAAAAACACAGAAACCUUCCAAAUGCAGGCAAUUUACGGCAUGUUCCUUAGUGACCUCUCCUACGAGACCGCAUUCAAAGAGUUUAUCGAAACCCACAAAUGGGGCCGCCGUGUCGUCUCGGCAACCCUCGUCUGCACCGGUCUCCUCGUUUGCUCCUACCCAGGUGAACACCCGGAGUGGGCAACCUGGUCAAACUAUAUGUUCGAAGUGGCCCAUUACAUCUUCCCACCGGACGUCAACAUCGGCAAACGCUACUCCGCCAUCGGCGUCGACCUGAUCAUCUUCGCAAUCUACAUCUCCCCGUCCACCAAAGACUUCCUCGCGAACCGCCUCCUUCUCUGGCUCGGCAAGCAGAGUUUCGCCGUCUACCUAGUCCACGGCACACUCCUGCGCACCGUGCUUUGUUGGAUGCUAUACGGCAUCACCGGACAGCCUUGGGACGGCGAUAUAGUCGAUGGAAAUGGGAACCCCAUUCUGGACGAGCAUGGCGAGCCGCUUCACCCGCACUGGAUCCCUAUCCGUGCACCAUGGGUCGUGGGGAUAUCGAUCCCAACAUGGAUUGUACUGGUCUAUAUUUGCGCCACAUUAUGGACAACCUAUGUUGAUCCAUUCUGUGCGAAGAUGACGCAGAAGUUGGAGAAGAUCAUGUUUGAGGAGGAUGAGAAGUCUGCUGAGACGCUGCCUCUUAAUAACAUGCCUAUGACUGCCAUGCCUACUGCAUAG